AUGGUCUCACCUCUACCGGCUAUCUGCGUGCUCGGCAGCCUCAAUAUCGACCUUGUAUACUAUACUCCUCACCACCCUUUACCUGGCGAGACCCUCACAUCGACUCACUCUGAUGUCUCUCCUGGAGGUAAAGGUGCCAAUCAAGCGGUGGCUUGCGCGAAACUAUCAAGAUCUCGCACGCUAGAAGACGCAAGCAUCAAAGUGAUCAUGUUUGGCGCCGUCGGCGCAGACGCUCACGGCUCAAAGUUACUGGACAGCCUCCAAUCGUAUGGUGUCAACAUCUCGGAGGUUGUGCGCAGACAAGAUCCCAGUGAACACUCAAUAACUGGCAAUGCCGUCGUGAUCGUGGACGAACGCACUGGCCAGAACCGCAUCAUUCUCACACCUGGUGCUAACGCUUCGCUGCGACCUGAAAGUGUCACCAAUCUUGCCAGUCUAAGACCCUCGUUGUUGGUCAUGCAGUUGGAGAUACCUCUCGACACUGUCUUGCAGGCACUGGCAGCAGCCAAAUCUGUAGGCGUGCCAGUCCUCUUGAAUCCAGCUCCGGCUGUGCAACUUCCAGAGGAAGCGUACAAUGGAUUGUCACACCUGAUCCUGAACGAGACCGAAGUGGCUCUACUUGCGCAAAUCGACGAGGCUGAGCUUGACGAUCCCAACACAGUGGAGAAAACCGCUUCAAAGCUUUUGGCGAAGGGCGUUCAGAAUCUCGUCAUCACGCUUGGUGCGAAAGGCGCUUAUUAUAUGAGCAAGAAUGGUCAAAAAGGUUUUGUGCCGGCGCUGAAAGUUGAUGUAGUGGACACAACUGCUGCUGGGGAUACCUUCAUCGGCAUGUAUUCGGUGCUUGCUGUCGAGGCCUCUUCUCGCAAUCUGGACUUUGACAUUUGUGCCGCUGUCACCAAGAGCACAUUUGCUUCUGCCAAAACAGUCUCUAGGAGAGGGGCGCAAGUUUCGAUACCGUGGAAGGACGAGUUGGUCCUGGAAUAG